AUGCAGUUUUGGUCGCUGCCGGGCGCGGAUGAGGCCUUCGGCGACAUCGGCCGCGUCGACCGCCUCGACUCGCGCACCCUGGAGAGGGGGCACACCAAGACCUUUGCGUUCUGGCUCUGGGUCUGGGAUGUUGCUCACAUUCCCACUAGGCACGCGCUCUGGGUGCUCAAGCGGGGCGCGGGCCGGGCGGGCGAGAUCAUCGGCCUCGCCCCCGCCCAUCGCCGCAUCCCCCCGCCACCCGGCGUUCGGCGCUACGACCUGCUGAUCCACGUCGACCUGCUGGAGGACUGGUCACCCCUCUCGCCGCGCUCGUCCCACUCCGGCCAGAGAGGGCUGCCCUCUUCGGAUGAAGACGACGACCACCCCCUCCCGCGCAUCGAGCCUGGCACCUGGGUGGCGCAUGUCGAAGACGGGCAGGGCAGGGCCCGCAGCAGGGUGCCGCGCGUCGGGGCUGUGGGCUGUGGUCCUGUGCUCGGUGGAGGCGCUCGCGACCACGAGGAGGACGGCGGAAGUGGCAGCGCCGGCGCAAGCCGCUCUUGGAAGGAUCGCCUGCUCGGCCGCGGCUGCUACGCCAGGGGCUGCGACGAGGACGUCAUCAGGGAUGCGCACCGACGCCGCAGCAGAUCGCCUGCCGGCCGUCGCCACGCGGCUGGUCGGCGUGGCCGCCCUGUCGAUGAGAAGGCCUCUGGCGCUCCAGUCCUGCGCGCCACCCCGCCACUCCCCCUUCGCUCAGCCCCCCCAGCAGCGGAGGUGGAUCCGGUGGCCCAGUUCUUCACCUUCUCCGACAACGGACGCGCCCUCUCUCCGCCCCCGCGCACGGACUCCAUGCAACUGGAGAUGGAAAAUGCCAUUCAGGAGGCACUGGCCACCCCUCUGGCCUUUGAGGACGGUGGCCGCUCGCCCUCCCCCCGCCGCCAAGCCUGCCGAGCUGGAGAGUCCGGAGAUGCUGCCGUGUCUGCUGCCCUACAUCACCUCCCCUGCAGCAGCGACGGUCGGAUUCCAGAUGGACGCGGUCAUCCAACAAGUUGGCUCCAUGCAAAUCGGCAACAGUCAGGCGCAGGCGGCCGAGCUGUUUGCUGCGGUGCCACCUCCGAUCCUCCCAAGUCAGCCACCCGUCCUCGCCAUUCCGCUCUGCCCAAGUCCAGGGCCACCUCCGCCCCCUCCCGCCGCAACGCUCGGCAGGCGGCAGCUGGCAUCUCCACCCCGAUGGCGCAAAGGGCGGUGCUGCGCCUCGUUUAA